CACCCGCAACCGCAAAACUUUCCCCAAACCCUUCCCACCAUGGCUCCCAAGAAGGCUACCCCCAAGAAGGCUGCGCCCAAGAAGGCCAAGACCCCCAAGUCCCCCAAGGCCACCAAGACCAUCAAGAAGACCGCCAAGAAGGCUGACAAGGCUGACAAGCCCAAGCGUGCCCCCGGCCCUUACAUGCUCUUCUGCAAGGCCAUGCGCCCCAAGAUCGUCGCCAAGAACCCCAAGUUUACCUUCGGCGAGGUUGGCAAGGAGCUCGGCGCCCAGUGGAAGAAGCUCUCCGACGCCGAGAAGAAGAAGUACGCCAAGUAAGUCCCGGCGAAGAUCAUAAUUGCCGCGUGAGAAUUACGGGUUGAAUUUUGGCGAGGAGGCCCCGCGCCUCGGGCGCGCUGACGUCGUGGAAGACGACGCACGGCGCGCGGAAAAGUUACAACUAGGACAUCUUCAUAGUUGUAGUCGCUUUAAUCACAGGAUACGUCGAACG